CUCUACUUUCUCUUUCAAUAGACGAUUCAUUGACUCGAUGAAAACUUCCUCUGUUUCUUCAUAAAUUCUCAUCAAUGGCGACAUUUCUCAACAUAAUACCUCAUUACAUCGGUUUCAAAUCAAAGAAAUCAAAGCUAUAUUGGAUUAUCCUCGCUUCAAUUCUAUGUUCUACAGCAUAUCUUAUAGGUUUAUGGCAACACGGCGGUGUUUUCAACCGAUCGUCUGUUGAAGUUCCUAAAGUCACAUGCAAUCCAUCGAUCAUUUCAGCUAGAUCUCAUCCACUUGAUUUCGAUUCUCAUCAUUCAGCUGAGAAACUCGUUCCUACAUCAUUCGAUGAUUCAGUUGUUAACGCUAAACAGUUUCCUCCUUGUGAUUCGAAAUACAUCGAGUAUACUCCUUGUGAAGACGCCGAACGAUCGCUGAAGUUCGAUCGUAAUCGUUUGAUAUACAGAGAGCGGCAUUGUCCGGAGAAACAUGAGCAGUUGAAGUGUAGGAUUCCGGCGCCGUACGGUUACAAGACGCCGUUUAGGUGGCCGGAGAGCCGUGAAUCAGUUUGGUAUGCAAAUGUACCACACAAGCAUCUGACGGUUGAGAAGGCUGGUCAAAAUUGGGUUAGGUUUGAGGAGGAUCGAUUCAAAUUCCCAGGCGGUGGUACUAUGUUUCCCCAUGGAGCUGAUGCGUAUAUCGAUGAUAUUGGGAAAUUGAUUAAUCUGAGAGAUGGUUCUAUCCGAACCGCCAUUGAUACUGGCUGUGGGGUUGCUAGCUGGGGAGGUUAUCUUUUGUCUAGGAAUAUUUUAACUGUCUCAUUUGCACCAAGAGACACUCAUAUUGCUCAAGUGCAGUUUGCUCUUGAAAGGGGUGUCCCAGCACUGAUUGGUGUUAUGGCCUCGAUUCGUUUACCUUACCCUUCAAGAGCAUUCGAUAUGGCACAUUGUUCUCGAUGUCUAAUCCCUUGGGGAAAGAAUGAAGGGCUUUAUUUAAUUGAAGUAGAUAGAGUGUUACGUCCUGGUGGGUAUUGGAUUUUGUCUGGACCACCUAUUAAUUGGGAAAGACAUUGGAAAGGCUGGGAUAGGAGUGCUGAUGAUCUCAAAGAAGAGCAAGAUUUGAUCGAAAAAGUUGCUAAAAGCCUUUGCUGGAAGAAAUUGGUGCAAAGAAAUGAUAUUUCUAUUUGGCAGAAACCUUCUAAUCACAUCCAUUGCAAAGUGAACAGAAAGGUUUUCAAGAAACCAGAAUUCUGUGUGGCACAGGACCCAGACAGGGCAUGGUAUACCAAAGUGGAACCUUGUAUAACUCCCCUUCCUGAAGCGUCCGAACUUAAAGAAAUAGCAGGCGGGCAGCUGACCAAUUGGCCCGAAAGGCUGAACUCGAUACCUCCAAGGAUCAGCAGCGGAAGUUUAACAGGUGUAACGGCUGAAAUCUUUACAAAAGAUACAGAAAUGUGGAAAACAAGAGUAUCUCGUUACAAGUCUUUGGAUAGCCAGCUAUCGGAGAAAGGGCGGUAUCGUAAUUUACUAGAUAUGAAUUCGAAUUUGGGUGGUUUCGCGGCUGCUUUGGUUGAUGAUCCUGUUUGGGUUAUGAAUGUUGUUCCUGUUGAAGCAAAAUUAAAUACUCUUGGAACAAUCUUUGAACGUGGAUUGAUUGGAACCUAUCAGAACUGGUGCGAGGCAAUGUCUACCUAUCCAAGAACAUACGACUUCAUUCACGCAGAUUCGGUUUUUAGCCUAUACAAAGACAGAUGCGAGGUUGAAGAUAUUCUGCUGGAAAUGGAUAGAAUAUUGCGACCUAGUGGUAGUGUUAUAAUAAGAGACGACGUCGAUAUUUUGCUUAAUGUGAAGAGCGUUAUAGAUGGUCUUCAAUGGGAGAGUCGAUUGACGGAUAACGAAGUCAGCCCACACGCGAGGGAGAAGAUAUUGAUUGCGGUUAAAUCUUAUUGGACGGCUCCACUAGCUUCGGAGCAACAAACAUAGAAGAAAAAAAAUGCGAGUUUCUUAAAUAUUAAUUAGUGUAACAGUAAUAACAUUGAUCAUAUUUUGUUUUUAUGAUUUUUGUGUUCAUAAUUCUUUCCAAUUGAGUCUCAAACAAUUU